AUGGUCGCCAUGACCACCGAAGCGGUGCCAUAUUCGACGCUCCAGCUGGGGGAGGCGACCCUGCAUUUCCUGCACACAGCAAUGGGCCGCAUGUUUCUGAUGGCCGAGGUCGCCGGGCAGCUCUUCCGCGAAAAUCCGGGCACUUUUUCCAAAGAGCUCAGGAGCGGGCGGUAUGGAAAAGUGCACACGGAGAGUCGGGGGGUGCUCCGGGCAAUGAGCGCGCUCGGGAUCCCGCCCGAGUCUCAAGUUGUGGAAGGCGCCACGCUCAUCUCCCCACAAGUUCUAGAGACAUUGCUGCGCGACCGUCACAUGACGGCACUGCUCCAGCCGUUCCGCCUUGCUCUUCUACGCCUGGCUUCGCAGGAAGCGGCGCAGCUGAUGGCGGCAGGCGACUACGAGGCGGCUCUGCCGGUUGCGGUCAAUGCCGUGAAGCAAGGGCAAGAGGUGUACAAGCCCGCCGCCUCAAUUCAGCUCUUCCCACUUUAUCUUCUGGCAGCUCAGGCAAACCUGGGCCUCAAACGCGCGCGGCAGUGUGAGGAGUUUCUGGGCCUGGCUUCGUGGCUCGCGCUCAAAGAACCGGGGCUCACAACCAACGUCAUGCAGAGCCAGCUGAGCAGACUGUUCGGUCAGCUAUACGCUAUGGAGGAGAAAGGCACGGAAGCCAUCCAGUCUUUCGCGGAGGACAUAUACUUUUGCUCCCUGGAGCACGGCCCCCGGGACGUGCGCACCACGCUCGGCUACUACAACAUCGCCAAGAUCUUCGAGUCCCAAGACGAUAAAGCGAAGGCCCUCGCAUACCUGGGCCAGGUCAUCACCAUCUGGCUCGACACCGCGCUCCGGCUUCAACAGAACGGAACGGGAACGGAAACCGCUCAACGGAAGUCGACCGGAAACGGAAGGACCAGCCCGGACGCUCAAACGGAAACGCUUCCGCUCGGCAAAGCCCAGUUGAGCGAAGUCGUGGGCAUGCUAGACGAUGCGUGCAAUCUUCGAGAAGAAGCGCACGGCGCAAACAGCGGUGCGGUUGCCGAAGCGUGCUUUGCUGUCGGCCUUGUUCGGAGCCUGGUGGGCGAUGUCCAAGCUGCGGCGAGGGAUCUAGAGAGAGCGGGUUCGAUAUACGGGGCCCUCCGAGAGCCAGAUCUGGAGCAGCGGGUGCGCAGCGCGAUGAUAAGACUCUUCUCAGUUACGCCAGAGACGGGGAGAUGA